UUGUCAAGUUAAUUGAUAACGUUUAGCGAUAACUAAACGUUUUCAAAGUCGAUUAUUUAUUUUUGUGUCAUAAAAGUCAUAAAUAUUUUGUUUUUACAAUUUAGAUAAAGUAAAAUAGCGUUCUUUAAUGCGAGGCGAACCUUGAAGGACUAUGAUGGCGGGUACUAAACUAGAUGUGAUUUGGUCCCCUGUUCACUUGGAUAAAUUUAUAAUAUGGGGUCCAGACAUAACCUUAUACGAAGUUGCUCGUUUAAAAGAUAUCGAGAAAAAAACUGCCUACACCCAAAUAUCGUCAACGCGCGGUGCGACCGUGCUCGCAUCGCAGAGUGCGAGCGGCGUGCGCUGCGUUGACAUCAGUGCUAUAGCGGAGCAGCCCGACCCCCUGCUAGCCCUCGGACACUCUAACGGCAGAGUCUCACUCACAAGUCUGAAGCAGACAUAUGAUCCUUUAGGACUGGUUGGCAGAGAAUUUGUUCCCAAGUACCCUAGGCUGUGCAAUUCAGUAUCAUGGAGCCAUGUCGAGACAAAUCUGUUGAGUGUAGCUCUGGAGAAGCACCGCAGCGAUCACUGCAUCCUUGUGUGGGACAUCAACCGGGGUCUUCUGCCUGACGAAUCAACUAUGGAAGUAGCCUCACCAUCUACAUCUUCAGAACCCGCCAGGCCUAUUGCAGAGAUGGGCCUUUCGGAGACCUGUCACAAUGUUUCUUGGAACAACGCACCUCACAGAACUCUGCUAGCUUCUAUGAACAUGAAGCACAUCAAAAUAUUUGAUCUUAGAGACUUAUCAAACAAGGCAGUAAUGGUAACAACCACCCGCCAUUGCUACGGCGCGUGCGCGGACCCGUUCAGCCCGUGGCAACUAGCGUCCCGCGGCGACGGGUGUGUCUGUGUGUGGGACGCGAGGGCCUUCGACCGCCCGCUGCUGACGCUGUCCGUACCGUCAGCGACCAAGAUACAGUGGUGUCCUACACGACGAAACCUGCUAAUGUCCCUCCAGCGAGAUUCGACCACGCUUCGACUCCACGACAUACAGCAAGCCAACAACGACUACAAAAAUGGACAGACUACUGACCUGCAAGCCCCAGCCAUGGCAGUGGAGGCAGAGUUAGAAGAGUACAGCCGAGGAGUCUCAGUGAUAGAGCGAGACGUGACACCCGGCUGCGGGACACUUUCCAGUUUCAGUUGGCAUCCCGCUCAUGCCGUCCGAACUCUAUGCGUCGGUCCAGGCACAAUAACGGACUACACGGUGUGCGAGCGCGUCACGUGCUCGUGGGGCUCCGGGCUGGUGUGGUCGGCGGGGGGCGGAGCCCUCAAGCUCAUGAAGGACGACUUCUACGAGGCUAUAGGCGACAUCUCCUUCAAGAUGAGGAAGCGGGCGCUGACGGACUAUGGACUCAAGCCAGACAUGUGGCAGAACGCAGACCUGGCCGAUGAUGAGGCUCUGGGCGGACUGUGGCACUUCCUGGCUCUUAGCAAAUCGCUAGUAGAGGAUGGCUGCAUACGGAACAGUCCUUGGCGCCACCCGGGCGUGUGCACGGUGCUCCGCGCGCCUGGGGACGGCGGCUACCGCUCGGAGCUGGUGCCUUCCCUGCUCCCUGAUCUACCCAGCCGCCGCGUCACACUCUAUAGGAGUGCAGAACGAACACGUGCCUUACAAUUGUGCGGCUGGGGGUGGGGGUGGGAGAACGCGGGCGCCGGCGUGGAGCGCGCGGAGGCGGAGGGCACGCCGUGCCGCGCCGCCGCCCUCGCCGCCUUCCACCUGCGCCUGCGCACCGCGCUCGACAUCCUGGCCCGCGCGGCCGCCCCGCAGCUCCGCGUGGUCGCACUAGCUUUAGCCGGAUUAAGCGAGGAGCGUCUCUGGCGCGAGUCCCUGUCCGCCGCCGCGCCCGCGCUGCCGGACGCGUACCUGCGCGCGCUGCUGCACUUCCUGGCGGCCUCGGCCUCCGCGCAGCAGCACGCGGCGCCGCCCGACCUGUCCGCCGUGUUGAACGAAACAGAAAUGCGGCUAGAAGACCGCGUGGCGUUUGCCUGCAUGUACCUGUCGGACGCGCGGUUACACGAGUACAUACAGCAGAGCGCCGAACAACUGGUACAGAGAGGCGACCUCGCAGGCAUCCUGCUCACUGGCAUGGGCCCUUCUGGCGUGACGCUGCUGCAGCACUGGCUCGAGAAUACGGGAGACGUGCAGUCAACGGCGUUAUUAGCAGCUCGCUGUCUGCCCGCGGACCUCAUACCUACUGCCUGGCUCGACAGUUACCGCUGCAUCCUAGACAGCUGGCAGCUGUGGUGGGCGCGGUGCGCGCUCGAUACGUGGGUUUCGCAGAACGAUUCCAAUGCAGAGGGGGUUCCUAGACAGGUAUCAGUGGCGUGCACGUAUUGCGGCAAAUCGGUGGCGGCGCCGGCCGGGCAGAACCGCCCGCGGCCCGCCUUUGCCCGGCUACCACCGCCGGCUGCCAAAAUGAAGCAAAUCUCAUCGUGCCCGAACUGCCGCAAGCCGCUGCCGCGUUGCGGCGUGUGCCUGCUGCACCUGGGCACGGGCGCCGCGGGGGCGGGCGCGGCGGGGGCGGGGGCCAGCUUCGCGGGCUGGUUCUCGUGGUGCGUGGCGUGUCGCCACGGCGGACACGCGCACCACAUGGCCGGCUGGUUCAAGGAGCACUCGGAGUGCCCGGUCAGCUCGUGCUCGUGUCGCUGCAGCUCGCUCGACGCGCCCGAUCGACACUAGCGCCUAAGUUUAAUUAACCUUUUGGACGCCAAUGACGGAUAUAUCGGCACCGCAGGUCCAACGCCAAAGACGGAUUAAUCGGGCACAGACCACAGAGCAACAUAGAUCUCGUGCAUGUGCAUAAAGUUCAAUUUCUGACACUUCGGUGACGUGGCGUCCGAGUGACAGCAUUUGUGUUUGACACGGCGUCGAAAAGGUUAACAAAUUGUUUUGUUAUCCGUUAUUUUAUGAAAAUGGUAAAGACUGAUAUCGGCGAUUUCUAUAUUUCUGUACAAGAAAUGUUUUGAUAUUUACUUUUGAUUAACCAAUAGAAUACCACGCCUAACGUGUGCUGAAUCGAAAAUAGGAUGGUAGGUAAAUAAGAGAACAAAAAAAAACGCAUUUAACUGAUUUGCUAGACCGAAGUGAUCCCAUAAGUGUUCCGUUUGUCAAAACAAAGUUUUGUACGGAACACUAAAAACAACAGAAUUUGUUUUGUAUAAAAAAAGCGCUCAUAUACAUAUAAGUGACUCGUUUCUAGUCGAUACUUGUCCUAGUUGUUUUUACCAAAUGUUUAAUUUAUCCCGUAAAAUGUCCGAGCUUAUGUAUUGGUUACAUCUGGUGACAAUAUGUACCGUGUUUUUUUCCCGUUAAUUUGAAGGGUACAUUCCUGAGCUUUAAUCAAGUAACUUUCUCAAAGACACCGGUAUUCUAAUUAACUCCAUUUCUGAUAUAAUCAAUUUUUUUUGAUAAAGCCCCUACGAGCAUGUACAUUUGCCUUAGGGCCUGUUUACAUAUCAUAUUCGUGUUCAGUCGAAGGCAAAAAUAUUGAUCCAUGCAAAUAACUCAAAAAUAUGUGAACACGACCUUAUUAUCUAAGGUACACAUAUUUUUGAAACUUUGGGAAUGUAUAUAUAUUUAUGCCCUUGACUGUUCAUUUUGAUUUGUUUAGUACGAGUUGAUACAUUUGCUACUAAACUUAAGUACUAUGUCGAACGAUCAAUGUUUGAAAUGACAUUGAUAUGUCACAGUUUUCAAUUGUUUACUUACUUACUACGGUGACGCAACGACCCGAAGUGAGUCCUGGCCUCCGACACCAGAUCACGCCUCUCGGUCUUGCGAUAGCUCUCGCAAGUCACCAUGGCCGAGGUCGAGUAGGUUUUGAGCUAAAACGUCGUUCCAGCGGUACCUAGGGCUACGGCGUCCAAUCAGGUGUCUCCCAUUUGGUUGUCCCAAGUACGCUUUCUUCACGGCACGAUCCUCUCCCAUUCUUUCAAUUGUUAGGUUCAGUUAAAUGUAAUGCCCGUGUUACAACAACGCCUUAUGCGACAUUUAAUUACUUUUUAUAUAACUUUUUUAUUAACUGCCAUUUAGUUUUCCUUAACGUACUUAACCAUACCCCGAAGUUAACGGAAUUCAAUAAAAACACGGUGUAUAUGUUUUGUUCGAAUCAUUAACAUAAUUAUGUUAUUUUUAGAACGGCAUCUAAUAGAUUAUAAUUAUUACCUUAAUCUUUAUAUACGACUCGCACUUAAUAAUAUGUACGAAAAAAACGGCUCUAAUAUAUAUGACAAAAUAUUUUUUUAGGAACGAAUUAUUUGAGAUUAAUCGAAAUCAUAUAAAACUAUUUUAAUUGUGUUGCGUUGAUACAUCUUUAAUCUUUAUUUUAUCUUUUUUUUUCAUGCCUGCCAGACUGUCACCAUACAAUUUUAAUCUCUCACCAUACUCCGAGGGGUGAAUAUGGAAAUCAUACUUUACUAUACAACUUUUACUAUGGGGCCAAACCCGAAAUUGCGAAAAAAAAGCUGUUCUAUAGAAAACAUUGACUAAUUCGCUGAAAUGUAUGAAACGGCAGCUUUUUUUUUACGAUUUCGAGAUUGGCCCCAUCGUAAAAGUUGUUUAGUAUGAUCUACAUAUUCACCCCUCAGAGUUUGGUCAGAGAUAACAAUUUCACCCUUUAUUUAGACAAAUAAUUGAACUAUUUUUAUACUUAGGUAAGCUUAUAUUUUUGUACAAAUCGCUAGGCUAAGUUUUUGCUAUUCUGUUAAGUUUAUAACUGCCACUAUAUUUUAUAAAGGAAGGGAAUUGAUGGCAAUUUAUAUUGGAUAGUAGUAGUUUUUUUUUUUAUAAUAUCGGAAGCUUUAGUAGAUUAUGAUUUUUUUUAUUCAAUUGACUGUAAAUACAUGUUCUGCUGAUCUACUGUCCAGUAUAAGUUUGCCAUCGUCAGACUUAUUUAUAAAAACAAAAUUAAAUUUAAAAUAAAAAUGCUCAUGUAUUUGCAAAUAUAUAUAUAUGUAGGUAUAUAUACAUUUAUUAAAUAAUUAUUUCAUCUGUAUUCCAAUUUAACAAUAAAAUUCUCAAAGACA